UCAGGGGAAUGCCAGAGACCUCCUUGAUCUAGUGGGAGAAUUCAAGGACAGUCCAAGGGUUUUCUAGGGCCCACAGACAAACGGGGCUGAAAUUAGAACAAAGGUCUCAGCUAGGCUCUCACCCCAUCAGUUUGAUUUGAGAAGCAGUUAAGAUAAAAUAUGAAGAAACAACUAGACUAAACUUCAGGUGAGAUGCCAGUACAAAACACAGUGGAAAGUGGACGUUUAAUAAGCACCGGCCCUGAGCAAGUUCCUUUACCUCUUUGGGUUUUAGUUUCCUCCUCUAUAAAGUUAGGGGAUUGGAUUAUAAAUAAAAUCUCUAAUGUUCCUUUCAGUUUUGUUGGUACUAAUCAGAUUCCUGAGUCAGUAAAUCAACUAGCAUUUAUUUAAAGCACAUACUAAGUGCCGGGCAUUUUGCUACAAUUACAGGAGACAGAAGGCAGAGCAGAGGACAGAGAGCAUUCUAGGCAUGGGGAGCAGCGGGCCAGUUGCGCUGGAUGGAAGCAUAUGUGAAGAGUCUGGUGAAGCCUAUGGACCCCUUCUCAAAAGAAUGUUUUUAAAGGCAUAGAAUAAAAUGCAUGGGAUUACAAAGGAAACCCACCAGAUUGAAAUAAUUUUUUCCCCCCAGUCUCCUCCCCCGCCUCGCGGGCUCACCCCCACCCUUACUCCACUUCUGCAAAGAACCCUUGCUUUGGAUGAGGAUGAUGAUGAGGUGGUAGCAUUUCCAUGGCGUUUCAAGGGUUGCAAAGCAUUGCGCAUGCGUGAUCUCAUUCGCUACCACAGUCCGCCUGCUAUCUAUCCCUCCCCCUUAGUAGCGAGCUAGGCUCCAGUUGAGAAGCUGCAGUCUCAGCUCUGUGUUCUGUCCCUUUCCAAAGUGAGCUCAAUAAAGUUUUUUUUUUUGUUCCUGUGUAUGUGUGGAGCUUUUUUCCCCUCGUCCCUACCCGUCGUGCCGUAAUCCGUCCUGCAACUGUCGUAAAAGUUUGGUUUCCCCUUAGUAACGAACAACGCAGAAGCCAUGGCGGCGUUGGUGACGGAGGCCAGUGUGCUCGAGGGUCUCGGCACCGCCGGAGAUAGGCGCUCGGCCCAGGAGUUGAGCCAGGCGGUGAGCCGCCUGCUUCCUGGCCUGGAAGCGGAGACCAAGCUGAGUCGGCGCCGGGCCCUGGAGUGCCUCCAGCGGGAGCUCGAAGAAGGGCCCCCGCUGCCUCCAAGCGCCGACUUCCAGGAGCUCUUCAGCCGCCUGCUGCUGCCGCGGCUGCUCCGCUGCCUGGGCGACCCGGCCGAGAAGUGCCGGACCCUGGCCGUGCAGCUUCUCCGCCUGGGCCUGAGCCAUGGAGCCCGGCCGCAGGACGCGCUGCCGCAGCUCAUGCCGGCCCUCACGCAGCGACUGGCCGGCCUGGGCUCCGGGCCGCUGGUGGAGCCGUGCGAGGAGCUGCGCCUGGCCCUGGUGGAGCUGCUGAGCCUCGUGGUGCAGCUGUGCGGCCGUGGCCUGGCCCCCUACCUGGACGAGAUGGUGCGCGUCCUGCAGAGGACCAUCGUGGACCCCUUCCCGGACGUCAAGAGAGCGAGCUGUAAGCUCGCGGGGGACUUGGCGCAGAGCAUCCCAGAUCAUUACCAUAUGCAGUCGGAAUCCUUAAUAGCUCCUCUCAUGCAAACGAUUUCACACCAGCACUCCAAGGUUCGAGUGGCCGUGAUUCAGGCCACGGGGUUGGUGAUACAGUAUGGUAAUGCCAAGUCAGUGAAUGAUGUUAUUUCUCAUUUUGCACAAAGGCUGUUUGAUGAUGUCUCCCAGGUUCGACAUGCUGUGACUUCUGUUGUUGGAAACUGGCUGUUACAUUUGAGAGACAGAUAUUCAUUCUUUCAUAAGCUAAUUCCUUUGUUACUAAGCAGCUUUGAUGAUGAAAUACCCGAAGUGACGGAAUUGGCCGUCAGCCUCUGGGAGAAGAUAGGUCUGCAGUGGCAAAAAGAAAAUGAAGAUGAUCUGAAGGAUAAGCUUGAUUUUGCUUCUCCUCCACCAUCCCAUUACCCCAGAGGAGUGAUUCGUCCAGUAUUGGGAUGCCGGGAACUUGUUUUCAGAAACCUCUCCAAAAUUCUCCCGGCCAUCUGUAAUGAUAUAACAGACUGGGUUGUAGGAAAUAGAGUAAAAUCAGCUCAGCUUCUGGCUGUCUUGUUACUCCAUGCAGAAGAUCACAUUACACAGCACUUAGAAAUAGUGCUCAGAACCCUUUACCAGGCUUGCUCAGAUGACGAAAAGUCUGUGGUUAACAAUUGUAUAAAAUCAGCAGAAUUGGUUGGAACAUUUGUCAACCCUGAGGUGUUUCUGAAGUUAAUCUUGCCAGCACUGAAAAAAUCACUUCGUCCAUCUUGCCUUAUGGUCCUGGCUGCAGUUACUAGAGGCUGUUCAAGACAAUCCCUUAAACCUCAUCUAAAUAACAUUGCCAGCUACCUGUCACAGACACAGAUUUGUCAAGGAUCUGAAGAUAGCCAUUAUAUGGAGCAGUUGCUUUGUUGUGUACAAGCAUUACUCCAGGUGGGUCAGGAAGAUUGCAAAGAAUCAAGUUUGCAGCUCAUGGAAGUUUUGGUGACAGUCAUGGCUGUCUCAGGUGCUGCAGGCCUUCGUGAAAAGGUUCAGGAGACAAUGAACUUAUUAGCGCUGAUUCAGAAAUGUGAUGGGACCCUAGAUCUCUAUCAGCAGCAUAUGGAUCAUCUUAUGGAAUGGCUCACCUUAUCACAUAAGGAUUGGAACUGUCAUUCAGUUGAACUACUACAGUUUGAAGUAAUUGUCACUCAGUCAGGUCCUGUAUUAGGUAAAGCUCUUAAUUACUUUAUUCCUAUCAUUAAGACUUGUCUUCAACCAACCAAAGAUCCACAAAUGCGCUUGACUCUCUUCACAAUCUUAUCACAAGUGUUUUUAGAAGCAAACAGUACUGUGAAUUCUCAACAGCAGUUUUAUGGUCACCUUGAGACAGUGAUAAAAGACAUAUUGGUUCCUAAUCUGCAGUGGCAUGCUGGAAGAACAGCAGCUGCUAUUAGAACUACAGCUAUAUCAUGCCUUUGGGCUCUUAUUCACAGUGAGAUACUUUCAUCAAAACAGAUAAUAGAAAUACAAGAAUUAUUGAUGCCUCAAAUUAUUAAUACACUGGAAGAAGAUUCUAAAAUGACUCGAUUAAUGUCAUGCCGUAUUAUUAACAUAUUUUUAAAGGCCUGUACUGACACAAUUGAUCCAGAAAAACUUAUCAAGAUUUAUCCUGAGCUCUUGAAACGCCUGGAUGAUGCUUCAAAUAAAGUACGAAUAGCAGCCACAAGUUCCUUAAUUAGCUGGCUUAAGUGUAUCAAAAAUGAUGAUGAUGGAAAAUCCUUUUUUAAAGGCAAUAUGCAAUAUCUUUACAAAGAGCUGUUGGUUCACCUUGAUGAUCCAGACAGUACAGUUCAGGAUGCAGUAUUAGGGGUUUUAAAGGAAGGAAGUAUUCUGUUCCCUGACUUACUAGUGGAAGAAAUUGAAGCUGUUAAAUACAAACACCGAUCUCUGAUUUAUUGUGAACAGCUUUUCCAGCACAUCCAAUCAACUAGAGGUAUCCUCUAAAUGCAAGAUUCUGGAAAUAGUCAAUUUAUUAUAGUUUUUGGAGUUGUAGGGUAGUAUCAAAUGUUUGUCUUUUUUUUGGACAGUAAUCAAUGGUACUUAAUUCUACAAGCAGAGUUUUUUUUUCCUUUAACAGCCCAGAGAAAGCAAGAAAUAAUAACAUAGCAAAAAAUAAAAAAGUUGUCUUUUUAUUGCAUAUACAGUAGUCUAGGAAAACAUGUUCUCUUGUGAACUUCUUUAAUUUUUAAAAGCAGUAUUAACGUCCAUUAAAUGGAUUCUGUACUCAAUUCACAGGUCUUUUUGUCUCUGGGUAAUUUGAAAUUAAUUUAAAUCAAAUGUAGUUACCCACACUGAGAAUAAAACCAACACUGUUUUUAUGUCAAUGUACAUUGGAUGGAUUUGUGAGUUACAGGUAUCAUACUGAUUAGAUGCAAAGUGACUAGGUUUCUAAUUAUAAUUAAUUUCUAUUCCAAUAAUUUUAAAAAGUAGCAAACUCAAGAAGAUUUUUUACCUAUUGCUUGAGUUCUGUGUGGUAUAAUUAAUAGAUAAGGUAACAGACUUGAAAAUACUUUUCUGUCAAAGAAUUGUCACAAGUAAAAUGUUCACCAUUGUCAACAGAUUAUAAUCUGAUAUGAAAAUAGUCAUUCUUGAAGAAAAACUAAUAUUUGGAUUGACAGUGCUGAAAUCCAAAUAAAGGAUCAGAUAUAAUUUUAGUUGCUUUCUUAUAAAAUAAAUAACAAAACAUAUCUUUUCUUUUUAAAGCUGUCACAUGUUUCCCAAUGAUUAUUUCUUAGUACCUUCUUUUCCAAAGUGCCUUACAGACUUAAAUUUUCAGGUAUAUAUUGUCCCAAUAGGCCCAAAUUUAUAUUUGCUCAAGGGAAAGGUAGUACAUUUAUUUCUGUUUUGCAAUAAUUGAUUACAUAUCAUUUAAAAUUUGUCAUUUUGUAUUUGAAAAUGUAAUUAAAGUUUUCUGUUGUAUAGUGUUGGA